AUGAAAGCAAAGUCAAAAUAUACUGGAUAUUCUCCAUAUCCUAUUGAUGUAAUUCUUUUUUCAGAUAUUUACUUAAAUUUAUUUGUUGCUGGGUCAUAUUUUUUAGAAACAGAUAGGAGAAAAGGAUAUUUAUUACUUUAUGAGGUUAAUUAUACUCUAAAUACAAUGGUCUCAGAUAGUCAAGAAAAACUUCUUAUUGCUAAUUCUGCAGGGGGUUUAUGUAUUUAUGAAUUAUUGGGUCCAUGUAAUCCUAAUUUGAAAUGUAUAUGGUCUAAGAAGAUUUUUGAUGCAAAUACAUUAAUUUUAUCUGUUUCAAUAUCAAAUAUUAGAAAAUCAGCUAUAGUUUCUACAUCUAUGGGAGAUCUAUGUAUUUUUGAUUUAAAUUCACUUGAAGUAAUACAUAAAUGGAAAGCACAUGAAUUAGAAUGUUGGACAGCAUGUUAUAAUAUUGAUUCAUCUUUUAUAUUUUCAGGUUCAGAUGAUUGUACAUUUAAAAUUUGGGAUAUUCGUUCUGCUGUACAACCUAUAUUUACAAAUACAAAAAGUCAUGAAGCAGGAGUAAUAUCUUUUAUUUCUUUUGAUGAAAGGUUAAUUACAGGAUCAUUUGAUGAUCAUAUAAGGUUAUUUGAUUUUCGUGAUUUUAGUAAAGAACUUUGGAAAGAAAAUAUGAGUAGUCCAUGGAGACUUAUUCAGCAUCCUGAAAAUCAAUUUAGAAUUCUUGGUUGUUUAAUGUAUGAGGGAGCAAAAGUAUUUGAUUUAAAUAUCUCGGAAAAUAAUGAAUAUAAAGUAAGAGUAUAUAAAGAAUUCGUAGAGCAUGAAAGUAUAGUUUAUGCAGGAGAUUGGUAUAAUGAACAAGAAGUUAUAACAUGUAGUUUUUAUGAUAAAAAAAUAUGUUUAUGGUGA